UUUCAGAAUGUUUCAAGGGGGAGGUGGAGGCUAAACAGUGAAAGUCGUCUGUUCAGUCUGAAACCAAUAGAAGGAAAGAGACUAGAAGGCAAAUCUGAUGAAUUAGGACUGAAGAUUACAAGUGAAGAGUCAAAAAACAAAAAACCUUGAACAAUUGAUCUGAUUCACCAGAGGAAGUUAGACCUUUCCUGGAAUGACUUCAGGAGAAGAGGCAGGGUUGGCCAUGAGUCUGGUCAAUGAGGUCACCUGUCCACUGUGCUCCUCCCUCUUUGUGGACCCAGUCAGACUCGAUUGUGAACACAACUACUGCCGGCAGUGCAUCAUAGAUUACUGGAAAAAGGGAGAGAGGAGGGAGCAGGGAGAGGUCAAAGAAAGGAGCAAUAGUGGAUUCACCUGCCCUUUAUGUUGUGAAAUUUUCCCCCAGUUUACCUUAAAAGGCAACAAGCUCCUUGCCACUAUCGUGGACAGAGUUCGUGGCUUGGGAAUGCACAACCACAAGGUUCUGCUAGAGGGAACCAGAAAGUGCCCUUCUUCUAUGAGUGCAUUGGCAAGGACGGGAGAAAAGGAGGGAAGAAGAGGACUGUGUACAGUCCACUCGGAGCCCUUGAAGAUGUACUGUGAGGAAGAGCGGAUAGGGAUUUGUGUGGUGUGUGCUGUCUCCAAAGAGCACCGCACCCACAGACUGGCGCCCAUAGAGGAGGUUUUGAUGCAGUGUCAGGAGAAUUUCCAAAUGACUGUGAAACAUUUUGAGAGCCAGAAGGAAGAAAUUAAGAAGCUUCACCAUAAGUGUGAGGACGAAAUCCAAGAAAUCAAGUCCCAGUCUGUUUCCCUCCAAGCCCAUCUCGUCCAAGAGACCGACACCCUGCUGCAUGGCAUCGUGAGGGAACGGGAGAGGCUGUGCUCCAUGCUGCAGAAAGACACCGAGAGGCUGCUGGCCCUCAGGCAGAAAGCCGUGUCUCACCUCUCACAGGAAACUGACACACUGGCCCAGGACAUUACCUCACUCAAUGCCAGAUUUGAGGAAGAAGGGCAUGAUCCUGCAUCACUGAUCAACGAUGUUCAAGAAGUGACAGUGAGAAUGAAAGCACAGUUUGGAGUGCUGGGUGAUGAUGUCACAGAGUGGUUUGACCUGGGAAUCUAUAAAGGGCCCAUUCAAUACUUUGUAUGGAAGAAAUUAGAAGAAGUCAUUCAACCAGGUCUCUGCUCUUUGACACUUGACCCAGCUACUGCCAAUCCAUUCCUCUCUCUCUCCAUUGACCUCACAACUGCCCGCUAUAGCCACACCCCCAAGGAAGCUUCGGCCAUGGGAGAGGCCCACUUUGAGUUCAGCCCAUGCGUGCUGGCCAAAUGUGGCUUUUCCUCAGGACGUCAUUACUGGGAGGUAGAGGUGGGAGACCAGCCAGACUGGGAUGUGGGUGUGGCCAGUGAAACAGCUGAGCGGGAUGGCUGGGUGGUACUGACCCCUGAAAAUGGGUACUGGACUGUGGGCAACAAGGGGGUGAGGAGGGUUGGUGUGUACCUAGAUUAUGAGGCAGGCCAAUUGUCAUUUUACAACACAGAAAACAUGAGUCCACUGUUCUCUUUCUUGGGGGAAAAUUUCAAAGAUACCUUGUAUCCAUUCUUUUACCCCAGUGCUGAUUCCAACGCCCAGCCUCUCAAGCUGCUAAAUCCAAGAUCUUAAUGGUGGGUACAAACCACUGCUAAUUUCUGUCUGAGCUAACAGACACAAUCUGUUCAAUCGCACCUUCCUGCAAAACUGACAUGUUAUCUGGCAUAUCAAUACCUUGAACAUUUUUCCUUUUCUUGUGCAAGAUUCCCAGCAUGCAAUAAAUGCCUUAUUUGCUUUGAUGGAUUUACAAGUAUCUCCAGAAAGUUUACAUUGUGACUUACUGUCCAUAAUGCAAAACCUUACCAUGCUGAACAUUUGUAUGCCUUCCUGCUGAAUUUUGUUUUCUGUCAAAUAUGAACCAUAUAUUUCAUGCCAUAUUUUAUUUAAAUCAUUGGGUUUUUUUUAAAUGUAGUUUUGUGUUUUGUGACAAUUAAAAAGAGCCUAUUAAUUCAUGGGUCAGAAUUCAAAAUAAUGAUUCAGGUAUGAAAAAAGUCAGUUGGCAUGUUUUAUCAAAACGUAAUAAGAACAAAUUAUGUAACAAUAUAACAUUAUAAUGAUAACCAGAAGCAAUUAUUAUGACUGUGACCAAAUUGGCACUUUUUGUUUUCAAUAUUAAAGCCGAAAAUAAAACAACCAAAUGUAUUUUAUGUGUGUGUGUGUGUGUGUGUGUGUAUACAUACACCGGUCAGCCACAACUUUAAAACCACCUGCA